AUGUCGACCACAGUCAUCAUGCCGCCCGUCAGCCGCGUCAUCUACACGGUGCCCCCUCCGGCCCCUCCGCCGCUCUUCAUCGACGCCCGCGACGCGCCGGGGCCGCCGAACCGCCCGCUCCCGAGGCCGCCGACGCGGCCCAGGCCCAGGCCCCAACCGCCCGUGCCCCGGCCGGAGACGGGUGCGUCGGUCGUCCUGCAGCCCGCGACUCUGUGGAAGCCGGCUACGUUUCUGCGCCCGGUUGCGUCGGCGUCGGCGUCGGCGGGGAACGUGGUGAGUGUGCUGGAUGGGCAGCUGCUCGUGCCGGUGGUCAAUGUACCGCUGAAUUCGGCGUCGGCGCCGGAUGCGCUGCUUUUGAGGAGGGUUACGUAG